AUGAAGGACCACUCAUCUACAGAAGAUUCUACACCUGGAGUAAAUCAGGAUAAAACCAGAGAAACAGAGCUGGAUGCAACAGCUGGUCCUUCCACUGUUCAAAUCCCCAUCAACCCCCCUGGAGACAAUGAUGUUGUUGGUGCAGCAGAGCCAUUUCUUACACCUUACACAUGGAAAGAGUUUCUGAAACCAUGUAACGUGGAACCCCUUUUUCGUCCUUCACAAUUUUCACACCAGAUCUUACGGCUUCCAGACAGAAAAGACACAGAUGAAGGAGGCCCCAGCUUUACUAUCUCUGGUUCCACUGUCAGUAUCCCCACCUGCUCUCAGUCCGUAGCUCCAACUGUUUCUGUUCCUCCAGAUCCACAAGACAGACCCCCAGUCAUCCAGGACUCAACAGUCAACACUGAAGGAAGCAGAACACAAGAUGUGUUGGAUCUUGUGUCUGAAAGUGAGCCAGGAGGUGACAGAGAGUCUCUGGUGGAAAUGGAAGUGAACUACUUCGUCACAAACACCACACCAGCUUCUCUCCACCAAACCUCCUCAGAUCCUGGUUGGAGCAGAAGAAACUCCAGCUGCCUGUCUCGCUCUCACAGCACGCCUUCACUCAGUGACAUCACCUCUGCAGAGAACAAGACCUUUAGACAAGCUGGAAGCCUGCCUGACGUGCUGCUGAACACCAGCUGUGAGGAGUUUACACCUGAUAUCACUGCUGAUGAAGACGAUGAAAGCUACAGGUUCCAGAGCUCCUGCCCAGGCCUGUACCAGUGCAGUGUGACAGGCCUGGUGUUUCACAUGCAGGGAGAAGGGGACGUGGUUUACAGGACUGUCCCUUGGAACAGGAGGCUCCUGGCCCAGCAUCACAAGAAGCCUGCAGGACCCCUGUUUGACAUCACAUGUGUGCAGCAGUCUGUGUGUCAGCUUCAUCUCCCACACUGUGAGAUCCGCUCCACAGGCGGAUGUGAUUUCUUGUCAGUGGCUCAUGUGAACGAUGAGGGCGUUGAGUUUAUCGUUCCUCAUAAGAUAACAGAAACUCAUGUUAUUAUAAACAUCACAGGGUUUUCUGCUUUCGGUAAUGUGAAGGAUGAAGACUCACCACCUGAGCCGGUCCGAGCGCUGGUUCUGCUGUUCUACAGGCCUCCAGCUGAUCCGGAUCUUGAAUUCGUCCUUGAUGUGUUGUUGCUCCCAAGCAACGUCCUGAUCGGGGAUGUUCAGCGGACCAGGAAGAAGUUUGUUGAAGAUGAGACACACAUCCACACACCCCCACACUGUGAACUGCUCCCACAGCAGGAAUACACUCUGUCCACUUGUCCUGAAGACGACUCAGUUCUGGUCCAACCAACAAAAGCAAAGUUUGACUGUGACAACUAUGACAACUUCUUUUCAACAUUCCAGGUGAAUUGGGAAACCGUGCUGAAACAUAUGAAGCUGUGUUUGAGAGAGACCAACAGCUCUCACAGUGUCUGGGAAAGACGAGUCUGCCUUUCCUCCACUGGAGUAAGAAGGUGGUGUGGACCGAGCGCUCUGAAUCUCCCUCCUACUGAGAGGCUGUUGGAGAUACGGAGCCGCUUCAUCGAUGGGAUAUCAGGACCUGUUCUCAAAAGUCUGCUGGACAAACUGCUGGAGAAAAAGGUGAUGGCUGAUUCUGAGAGGGAGUCUGCAGACGCGAAGCAAGACAAAACAGACAAAGCUCGUUUUGUUAUCGACACAGUGAGGAAGAAAGGUGAAGCUGCUAGUUCAGAGAUGAUUGAGUUCCUCUGUGAGGCCGACCCCUUCCUCUGUGAACAUCUGGGGCUGAUCUGAAGCUAAAUGAACAGGGAUGCAGGCUACAUGUUGACCUGGUGGUUUGAAACUGAUCCUGCUGUAACUCCCACACAACACUUUUCUCUGCAUCAGCACCUGCUCUUAAUAUGUCUUUAACAAAGUUUUAAAAAUAAGGACACUUCUAUUUUUAAGGUAACUGAGUAGUUGACCCUGACCUAUCUGACUGUUGAAAGACUGUUUCUUUGAUAAAGAUAGAUAAACCUCAUGAAGAUCUAAUGAAUUAAUCCAAAAGUCUUAAUAAAUGUGUUUAUUUAUCCUGUUGAAUCUAAUUAACAAUUUCUGAGUGUGGAAUUCACAGUAUUAUAUUACAAAUUAAUCCAUUGAAAACACCUUUGACCAAAUAUUGCAACAGCAGUCUAUUUCACUUUUUACCAACACUUAAUUGUUUAAUUAUCAUACUUUUCACUGUAUUUAAUUUUCCAUACAUUUUAUAAGUUGUGCUAAUAAUGCUAUGUGGUCCCCAACAAGAACCCUCUGACAUUAAAUGUUAAAAAACAUACUGAUAUAACUUCACUACUGCAGGUAAAAUUGCUGUUUUGUACAUGACUCUUGUGUAAGGUUGCUAUGAGCAGUUGGCCUUGACUUAUCUGCUACAAUUUUUUAAAACAGUUACUUCGAUAAAGAUUUUGGAAAUGUAUGAUCUUGUGAAUCCAGAUACUGUAUGCAAUUUUGGAAAUGCUUCAAUAAUUACAUAUAGAUUUCAUUUCAUGUAUUUACUUCUUUACAUCUUUUUACUUAACUGUAUAUAUAUUUUUAUAAAUCAACAAUAACAUUUUUUGUAUCUUACUGUUCAAAGUAAUAUUUCAAUGUUGAAUUUAAGGUAUUAAGUCUUUACAAAUUAAUCUUUUCAAAACACCUCUGACCAAAUAUUGGGACUGCAGUCUGUUUUUACUGUGUCAUGGUCACCUCAUUCUUACCAAACAAUAUGUUUGAAUUUAAUACUUUUGAUGCAUUUCAUUGUACUUACAUUUUAAAGGUAUGUAAUUCAUUUUUAUAUUAGCUGACAAACAAAACAGUGUCAGUAAGAAGUCAGAACAACACAAAUGGAAUGUAACUUUUAAAGUUCUGCAGGUUGAAUCAUUUUUAUUUUUUUUGAGUUAAUGUUUAAAGGCAUCAAAUUUCCCUUGUGGGGCUCAAUACAUAUACCUUAAAUUAUGUUACCUUAGUGUUUCUCAAAAUAAUAAUUACCUGAUUUAAUAUCUUCAUCAGCCAGCAGGUGGAGUCGUUUGCUUGUUGUUGAUCAAAACAGAAUAAGUGAUUGGGGUCAAAUCAGCCUAUUCAGAGGAGCCAUCACAUGCUUACUGUAUCAUGUAACUAUAACUAAAUAAAGUUUAUAAUGGAUAUAUUGUUAUUAGCAUAUUCUGUAUGUUGGUCAGGAAGUCAAUGCAAUUCAGAGCAGAAAUGCCAAAACAUAUGUUUGAGUUGUUUUUUACUUUUAAUGUGAAGAUCAAUACAUAUCUUGAACACAAUUAUUUAAAAAAUGUUAUAUUUUGUACAUUUAUAGUGUUCAUUGAAUCACCAUGCACCUAUGUUUUUGAACAACCUAUACUACAUAUACUGUGUACUGCAUUAUAAUUUUAUUGCAUUAAUACAUAUUCUCAUUAACAACAAACUGUCAGCUCAUU